AUGCUUAUACCGCAAUACCGCAAUACCGCAAAUGUUAUUGCGGUAUUGCGAGAUGAUUUUAAUGAAAUCGAUUUUGCCGCAAAUUCAAAUUCCCCAUCAUAUGUAAACGACACCCUCUCUCAAGUUCAUGUCAAACCCAACAUCAGCGGUUUAUGGCAAACUUCUUCUGCUAGCUUCACGAAGUCGAAUGUAGCAUUACCCAAUUCUAAACAAACACCUUCAUUACUCAACUACACAGACUUGGUUGCCAAUACUUCAACUCUGCAAAGUGUUUCUUCCUCAAAUACUUCAUUAUUUCUUGAUUGCGAAGAAAAUGUUGAAUUUUCCAAAACUAAAAAUACGAUAUUAACAUUUCUUGAUAAUGAAGUUUUAACAAAACCACUUCAACAAAAAGAAACUAAAAUAAAAUGCAAGCCUGUACAUUCCUAUCUUGUUGAUUACAAUGAUUAUUAUCAAUUAAUUUUUCUUGGAGAUGAGAUCGACUGUGAUGAUCGGUUCAAAUAUCUUACGAAAGACAUUAAGUAUUGUUAUACUGCUGUCGACUGUAUUGAAGAGAUAGUUUCUGUAAAAUCAAAACUUACUUUGGUGGUCUUGUCGGGGGCUUAUGUGAACGAUGAAAAAGUGUAUAAUCAUCUGAAAUGUAUUACAGAUGAAAAAUGUAUUUACAAGCUCACGUUAACGUCCGAAAUGGAUGAAAAACAUCAGUUUAAUGAUAUCAACAAUGGGAAAAAUCAUGUUUGUCAAUUAAUCGAGAAAAACAUUCAGAAUUAUUAUAGCAACAAAGCAACGUUUUGCUUAUUACCUUCGGUCAAAGAAAAGGAGAAGCUGACCGCCCGCGAUCUUACUGCAGAGCAGGCCAACUUUAUUUGGACCAAAAUGUAUUUUGAAAAUGUUCUGCAUUUGUCAACCAUGAAGUGCUCUGCGGAUAAAACAGUUAGUUAUAGUCGAUUUCACUACCACGGACAUUUACAUAUGCUAAAUAGUGUGCAGGAGUUUGCACGUACGUAUGAGACAGUAAAGAAUGCCCUGGCGUGGUAUUCACCAAAUACGUUUAUAUAUCCUCUCGUUAAUGAAGCAAUAUCAAGGCAAAAUAUUGAAAUGAUAUUUGCAUUAGGGUCUUUUUUGGGUGAUCUUCAAGAUAAUAUCAUUAAAAUAAAACCAGAGCACGUCACUACUCCAAUUUACUGGCAUCAAAAUGUGUCUAUCGACGAUCUGGAAAAUAUGGAAAAGAAUAUUGGUGGCUUGAUUGGAGUUAACAGUUAUAUUUGGGCAACAGAGAAUCCUAGUAUUGAGCCAACAUCGCGUACCUCCGUGUUGUUCCAACUAGAGUGCAAAACGGCAAAAAAAUUCAACUGCAAAAUAAUUAUAGAACCUGGCUCUGUAUUUCGUAUAGAGUCAAUCCAUAAAUUAGCUGACAGUCGAAUGUCUUGUAUUUGUCUUGUACAAGAUCAAACAUACAAUCCGUUAACAGUUGUGAAAGAAGAAAUCGGAAGUCUGGACUCUUUAUCGGCACCUGGUGAAUUUCUAGUCUGGACUAAUCAAUUUGAAAAUGCAAAAAAUUAUUACGAAGAGAUUGUUUCACGUUUUCCACGACGUUUUUCUGUCCACAAUUAUUUGGCUUACAUUUACAUGGAAUUUGGAAUGCAUUUUAAAGCAAUAGAGCAUUAUGAGAGUGCCAUUCAAAUAUUAGAAUGCCAACAGCAAACGUAUCUUAAAGAAAAGGAGCAACUGGACGUAUUUCUUCAUCUUGGUCAACUUUAUUCAACCAUUGGUAAAAAUAGAGAAGCGCUACACCAUCUUGAAAAAGCAUUGAAAGUUAUAUCAUUACGUUUUCCACUAGACAAUGUAUCAAUGGGUACGUGUGAUAAUCUUAUCGGUUUAAUAUAUAACAGUUUAGGCGAUCAUUCUAAAGCAAGAGAACAUAUGGAAAACGGACUACGCUUUCAUCUCUCAUCAUUACCAUCCAACCAUUCGAUAACUGCCAUGUCAUACUUUAAUGCCGGUUAUGUCUAUCGUCACAUGGGUGAAUAUGAAUUGGCACUGAAAUGCUUUACAAAAGCUCUUGAAAUUAGCUUGAAAAUAUUACCUGCAAAUCAUCGACAACUGGUGCCGAUUUACCAUAAUUUAGGCCUGGCUUUUCAUCACACAGCUAAAUAUGAAAAUGCUCUUGAAAACUACCAAAAAGAACUGACAGUACUUUGUUGUCAUCCAUAUAUUACAGAUUCUAUGAAGAUAAGCGAUAUUCAUCAUCUUCUUAAUUCAUUGAGCGAGAAUCUAUCACCAAUAGCUAAAACAAACGCUCUAAACAUGCAGCAUAAAUGUUUGUCAGUGAUAAAAGCCAAUAACGAUGAGUUCAAAGCAACUGUAGAUCCAGUCAACAAGUUGGUAAACGAUAGUCAACUUAUUCACCAAGUAGCAGACAAACCAAAACCUGUAUUACAAGAACAAACAUUUGAGCCGGUUAUGAUCAACACAGUAGCGAAAGUGAUUUCAGAUUUCUUAAAUGUGGGUCAGAGAGAACACUGGUCGUUUAUUAAAGACAGAUCCUCACUACAAAACACAGUGUCUGACUCGGUUAUAACCAAAACAGCAACGCUGAGUCUGAGUGUAAUUGACAAAUUAUUUCCAAGUGAUAGACAAAGGCAAAAAGAUGAUAAGAAUCUCGAAGGCCUAACUCUUGUUUGGAUAGACCGAAACUUGGACGAUCCCGACGUUGAUAAAUUGUUGAAAAAAUUUCAUUUGCCAGAACGUAUGCGCGAAAUUAUCUAUUACAUACGAGCAUUUAUAAAUACUGUUUCAGCUGUAGAGUACAUUUCAUCGGUUGCAAAGGAAGACAUAUUUCUUGUUCUUCCUCCUGAGGACGCAACAGAUGAAUCGAUGAUGUUUCAACUGGUUAGUCAGCCACGAGUCAAAUCGGUAUAUAUAUUCGAUCCAGAUAAUAAAAUGCACGAAUUCAAGCCAGAUAAUAAAGUAUUCAAAUUCAUACUACAACCUAAAGGACGCGGCGUUUUUACUACACAGACUACCCUUGUAUUGAAACUGAAAUCUGACGUUGAUUUGUAUUACACAAAUUUAAGCGUACCAUUUAAUGCUUUAAAUUCUGAUCAAAUAGAAAGAUCAAUGCGGAAUCUGACACAAGAAAGUGUUACUUUCAUGUGGUAUCACAUAAUGAUCGAUAUUUUACUACGACUAGAACAUAAUGAGGAUGCAAAGCGAGAAAUGAUGGAUACAUGCCGAAAAGCAUAUUCGAGCAGUACCGUAUGUUCGAGUAAAGUCUUGGAAUUUGAGCAAACUUACAAAUCGAAAGAUGCAGCAGCUUGGUAUACAAAAGACACCUUUGUUUAUCGGAUAGUGAACUGGGCACUUAGAACUCAGGAUCCCGAUACAAUAUACAAAUUUCGAUAUUAUAUAUGUGAUCUUCAUACUCAUCUUGUUAAUACGCACCCAAAAUUUAUUAGCACAUUAGGACCGGAACAACAAACAUUGAAUCUUUAUCGUGGACAGUCAAUGACAAUUGAAGAGUUUAAUCGAUGUUCAGCUCAGGCGUUGAUCUCAAUGAAUACUUUUCUUUCUACGUCGGAAGACUCAGUAGUAGCUCUCCGCUAUGCUGGAGAUGGAGCUACUGACAGUGUGCAAUCAGUAUUUUUUGAGCUAGAAAUUGAUCCAAAACUUGAUACUAAACCAUAUGCUUAUUUACAAGAAAACGUCAUUCAAGAGUCAGAACGUGAAGUUUUAUUUAGCAUUGGACCAAUAUUUGGAAUAGACUAUGUGGAAGAGAUGAAACCUGGAAAAGUACAACAUAUAAAACUGACUUUAUCAAACAAUGAAACUACUCAAAUACAAGAAAUGAAACUGCAAUGCAAACGAUUUCUUAAUCUCGACAAAAUUCCUUUUCCUGAAACAGCAUGGGGUUCGUUUCUGUGCGUUAUGGGGGAUUUCUCUUUGGCUAAAGGGCACUUUUUGAAAUUACUUGACAAUCGUCAAUUGGACGAAUAUUCAGAGUGGUCAGUUCACAGCGAUUUAGGUCUUAUCUAUUAUGAAACAGAUGAUUUAGCGACAUCAUUAUUUCAUUAUGAAAAAGCCCUUCACGUUCUCAAAACUCAUUUAUCUCGUGCUAAAAUAAGAAUAGUCGAUAAAAAAGUGUAUCCAUCUUCGCAUCCAAUAUUCGGAGUAGCAGUCCUAUAUAAUGGCAUUGCCAGCGUUUAUGAUAAAAUGAAAGAUUAUGGGAAAGCAUUACAAUAUUAUCAAAGAGCGUUAAAAAUUGAUAUGAGAAGUAAGCCUCUUCGCAUAAAUGAAGUAGCGAAAACAUAUAAUAACAUUGGCUUUGCCUGUAUGAAUGAGGGUAACUGUGAAAAAGCACUGAAAUAUUGUGAAAAAGCAAAUGAAAUUUAUUCGUCACCAAUAAUAGAGGAUCAUUCUACAAUUAGUCAUGGGAUUCUAGCGACAAUAUUCAAUAAUAUUGGGGAAAUUUACAAAAGACAAGGCGACAGUCAAUCAGCAAAUAAUGCUUUUAAAAAAAGUGUUGAAUUUGCUGUAGAUUCGCUACCUGACAACCAUCCAUCGUUAAUUUUAUAUCGAAAAAACUUUACAGAUACCAUGACAUUGAUGUAA